CACAAACACACAAAAGCAUCUGACCAUCCAAACUUAAGUGAAAAUGAAGGCAUCAAAUGCAGCAAUUUGCACUCUUCUAGUGCUGAUACUAAUGGCUGAAGCACAGGUUUCAAAGGCAGUGACAUGCAGCCCAACACAACUGAGCUCUUGUGUGAGUGCCAUCACAUCUAAAACUCCACCAUCUAAACUAUGCUGCAGCAAGAUCAAGGAGCAGAAACCUUGUCUUUGCCAGUACCUCAAGAACCCGAACCUGAGGAAGUUUGUCAACACUCCAAAUGCAAGGAAGGUUGCCAGCACUUGUGGCACUCCCUUCCCGAAGUGUUAGAUUUAUUACCGUUUGUAACCUUUGAAGGUCUUUUCUUUGCAUUUCUCUCUGCUGCAUGCACCUUGUUACAUAAUCUUAAGAGAAGAGAAUAUUGGAGAGAAAUUAAGAUAAAAUAUUAUUAUUAGUAUUGUAAGUCUGGUGUGGUGGUACAUCUAAGUGUAGUAGAGGCAUUUGUGGUUAUUCUCAUUAUGUUUUGAGUCAUGGUGUCUCAUGUCACCAGUGUCAGUCUUUGGUGUGGUUCUGUUGUAUACUAGCAGUUGUUGCAAUGGCAGUAUUUAUAAUGAAAUUUAAUUAUCAGUGUCGUCUCUA